AUGGCAGCUUUCUCUACAUCUGAGGUGAAGUUAUUUGGUAAAUGGUCUUAUGAUGAUGUAAAUGUCUCAGACCUUUCUUUGGUUGACUACAUUGCUGUUAAAGACAAAGCUUGUGUAUAUGCUCCAGUAACUGCUGGCCGUUACCAGGUUAAAAGAUUUAGAAAAGCUUUAUGCCCAAUUGUGGAACGUUUAGUAUGUUCUUUGAUGAUGCAUGGGCGUAAUAAUGGUAAAAAGAACCAAGCUAUUCGUAUUGUUAAAUCUGCAUUUGAUAUUAUCCACCUUAUUACUGACAGAAAUCCAAUUCAAGUAUUUGUUGAUGCUGUUAAAAAUGGUGGUCCUCGUGAAGAUUCAACUAGUAUUGGGUCAGCAGGAGCUGUAAGGCGUCAGGCUGUUGAUGUUUCACCAUUAAGACGUGUAAAUCAAGCUAUCUAUUUAAUAUGUACAGGUGCACGUUCCCAAGCAUUCAGAAAUAUUAAGACUAUUGCUGAAUGUUUAGCUGACGAAAUUAUGAACUGUGCAAAGGAAAGUCCAAAUAGUUAUGCUAUUAAGAGAAAAGACGAAGUUGAACGUGUUGCAAAAGCUAACCGAUAA